GAGCCAAGGGGCACAACAAUCUCUCUCUUUUCAAAACAAUAAUAAUAAAGCCCCAACAGCUCUGUUCUUACUGAUUUUAAAAAAUGGCUAAGAAGGCAGCCAUUAUUGGUAUCUCCUCCAUCCUCCUGGUUGCUAUGGUGGUUGCCGUGACCGUCAGUGUCAGCCGCAACAACUCCUCAAGCAGCUCCGAAGGCGGUGAAAUCUCAACCUCCACCAAGGCCGUCCAACAAAUAUGCCAACCCACCGAUUACAAAGAGGCCUGCGUGAAGAGCCUUUCCGAGUCCGCUGGAAACACCAGCGACCCGAAAGAGCUGAUCAAGACGGCAUUUAAUGUUGCCGUCAAGGAGAUCAGCGCGGCAAUCCAGAACUCCAGCCUUCUACAGAAAGCCGCAAAGGAGCCCCGGGCCCAGGACGCUCUGGAGAAUUGCAAGGAGCUUCUGGAUUUCUCAAUUAACGAUCUCCAGAACUCCUUCGAUAAGUUGGGGUCCUUCGAUGUGACGAAAAUGGACGAGUACAUGUCCGAUCUCAAGACAUGGCUCUCCGGUGCCAUCACUUACCAGCAGACUUGCAUCGACGGGUUCGAUAACACCACUGGAGAUAUCGGUGCUCAGAUGCAGAAGCUUUUGAAGCUCUCCGGCGAGCUCACGAGCAAUGGUCUCGCCAUUGUCACCGAGCUUUCUACGAUGCUUGGGUCAUCCGGUCUCCCGAGCACCACCAGCAGGAGGUUGCUAUCCGAAGAUGGGUUCCCAUCAUGGGUCAGCGAUGGCAAGAGGAGACUGCUUCAGACAGGGAAUGUGAAGCCUAAUGCAGUGGUUGCUAAGGAUGGGUCUGGAAAGUACAAGACUAUUACUGAUGCACUUAAAAUGGUGCCCAAGAAAAACAAAACACCAUUUGUCAUCUACAUUAAAGCUGGUGUUUAUAAGGAGUAUGUUAGUAUCACCAAGCAAAUGAGCAAUGUUUUCUUGAUCGGAGAUGGACCCACCAAGACCAAGAUCACCGGAAGCCGGAGCUUUGUUGGUGGCUACAAUACAUACAGAACCGCCACAGUCUCCGCUGAUGGAGAGCACUUCAUGGCAAAGAACCUCGCAAUCGAGAACAGCGCAGGAGGAGACAUGCACCAAGCCGUGGCACUUCGCGUCUCAUCAGACAGAGCGAUUAUCUUCAAUUGCCAAAUCGACGGUUACCAAGAUACCCUUUACGCCCACACCCACCGUCAGUUCUACCGCGACUGCUCCAUCUCCGGCACAGUCGACUUCGUGUUCGGUGACUCCGCCGUCGUCUUCCAGAACUGUAAGUUCAUCAUCCGCAAGCCCCUUGACAACCAGAGCUGCAUGGUCACCGCCCAAGGCCGUACCGACAAGCGCGGUGCCACCGGUAUCGUCAUCCAGAACUCCGUCGUGACUGCCGAGCCCGCUUACAUGGCCGUAAAAGGCAAGUUCAAGUCAUACCUUGGACGCCCAUGGAAGCCAUUCUCAAGGACCGUGAUCAUGAACUCUCAGAUCGACGGUGUGAUUGACCCCACUGGCUGGGCCCCAUGGGCUGGAACCAUCCAUUUGGACACUCUUUGGUAUGCUGAGUACAACAACAGAGGGCCAGGAUCAGUGCAGACACAGAGAGUUAAGUGGAGAGGCAUGCAGAAGAUUUCUCCUCAGGCGGCUGCAAGUUUCAAUCCCAGCAAGUUCAUUGAUGGGAAUACAUGGAUUAGAACUGCUGGGGUUCCAUAUAAUCCUUGAAGGAUUUGAGUGAGAGUGGAGUUGGGAGGGGCUUUAUUGUCUUUUUGUAUUGGGUUUUGGUUUAUUGUUUGAUUUGGUUUGGUUGUUCAUAGAGAUGAUCAGGAAAACAUGUCUGAUGAUGAUCAUAGUCAUUUUGUAAUCGGCGAAGAAUAUCUCACAUUGUUACUCAUUCAUGGCAAUAUAUGGAAGAGAUUGUUUUAUAAUGGUUUAUAUAAAAA